AAAGAAAGUACAAUUAACCGGAAACAUUACAAUCUUUUGGUGAAUUAUUUGGAAUAAUUAGAUUGCAAAAUUUUGGAUUAGCAAUUUUGUUUUUAAUUUGAAAUAAUUUUAAUUAAAUCAGAAAAAAAUUUAGUGAUUUUUUUUUUAACCAGCUAAUUUGACAAGCUAUUUAAAGAAGUUGAAAUUUAUUUGGUUUUGAUUGAGAAAAAAAAAAAACAAAGUUAAUAAAAAAGCCAAUAUGGAUAGCAGAGAAUUUCGACGUCGUGGUUUUGAAAUGGUUGAAUACAUUUGUAAAUAUUUAGAAACAUUGGAAGAUCGUCGUGUAACACCAAGCGUUGAACCCGGCUAUUUAAGGCAUUUAUUACCCAAUGAGGCACCACAUAAUCCAGAAAAAUGGGAAGAUAUUAUGGAAGAUGUUGAAUCAAAAAUAAUGCCUGGUGUAACACAUUGGCAACAUCCACGUUUUCAUGCAUAUUUUCCAUCUGGUAACUCAUUUCCAUCAAUUUUGGGUGAUAUGUUAAGUGAUGGAAUUGGUUGUAUAGGAUUUUCAUGGGCAGCAAGUCCAGCAUGUACAGAAUUAGAAACAAUUGUUUUAGAUUGGUUAGGAAAAGCUAUUGGAUUGCCGGAUGAUUUUUUAGCUUUGAAAGAAGGAAGCAGAGGUGGUGGAGUUAUUCAGACAUCUGCAUCAGAAUGCAUUUUGGUAACAUUGUUAGCAGCAAGAGCUCAAGCAUUAAAACGUUUAAAACAAUCACAUCCAUUUGUUGAAGAGGGCCAUUUAUUAUGUAAAUUAAUGGCAUACUGUUCUAAAGAGGCACAUAGUUGUGUAGAAAAAGCUGCAAUGAUAUCAUUUGUAAAAUUGAGAAUUUUGGAACCAGAUGAAAAUGCAAGCUUAAGAGGAAAAACUGUUUUAGCUGCCAUGGAAGAAGAUGAACGUCAAGGUUUUGUACCAUUUUUUAUUUCUACAACAUUAGGAACAACUGGAUCGUGUUCUUUUGAUGCUUUGGAAGAAAUUGGUGAAGUACUUAAAAAUUUUCCAGGUGUAUGGUUACAUGUUGAUGCUGCAUACGCCGGAAAUUCAUUUAUAUGCCCGGAAUUGAAAUAUUUGUUGAGGGGUGUUGAGUAUGCUGAUUCAUUCAAUACAAAUCCAAAUAAAUGGUUAUUAACAAAUUUUGAUUGUUCCACAUUAUGGGUACGUGAUAGAAUUCGUUUGACUUCUGCUUUGGUUGUUGAUCCAUUAUAUUUAAAACAUGGUUAUUCUGAUGCUGCGAUUGAUUAUCGUCAUUGGGGUGUACCAUUAAGUCGAAGAUUUAGAUCACUUAAACUUUGGUUUGUAUUAAGAUCUUACGGGAUAAGCGGUUUACAAUUCUAUAUUCGUCAUCAUAUCGAUUUAGCAAAACGUUUUGAGCAACAUGUAUUAAGAGAUUCACGAUUUGAAGUUUGCAAUCAGGUUAAGCUCGGAUUGGUAUGUUUUCGUCUUAAAGGUACUGAUAAAGUCAACGAAAAACUUUUAAGUUCUAUUAAUGCUUCGGGUAAAUUACACAUGGUACCGGCAUCUGUAAAUGACAAAUAUAUAAUAAGAUUUUGUGCAGUAGCACAAAAUGCUACUGAAGAUGACAUUGAUUACGCUUGGGAAGUAAUUUGUGAUUUUGCAGCUGAACUAUUAGAAAAAGAACAAGCUGAUGAACUAACAGAAAUUUUGGAUCGUAAGAAAAAAGAGACUUUGGCACAGAAAAGAUCAUUUUUCGUUCGUAUGGUUAGUGAUCCAAAAAUUUAUAAUCCAGCUAUAAAUAAAGCUGGUACUCCACGUUUAUCAGCUGAUAUUAUAUCACCGGUGGUCGAAGAUGGUACACCACAAAUUCAAAUACCAGCUAAAGAGAAUUCAUGGAUUAGUUGGCCAUUAGCAUUUUUCCUUAAUGACGAUGGAUCAAAAAAAGAUGUUUCGUUGAGAUUUCGACAUUUGGAUGCCAGAUUAUCUGCUUCACCAUCAUCACGACGUAAUUCAGCUGGUAAUUCAAGUCCAUCACCAGAAAAUGAAAAUGGUGGAAGUGUCAAUAUGAAAUCGCCAAGAAAAUCACCAAUUUUAUUAAGAAAACGUGGUUCAUCACCAUGCCCAAAUAAUAAAUAAAAUUUUAAAAUGAAGAUAUCUGCCAAAACAUAAUAUUAAUAAAGCCUCAGCAAUAAUAUAUAAAGAAAAAAAUUGAAUAACUUUUGAAAGAUUAACUUUAAAACUAUUACUAAACUGGAAGUAAUUAAUUUGAAUUUCAAUUUUAAUCAUGUUUGAGUAAAUGCAUAAAUGUAGAUCAAAUGUUAAUUUUGGGUUGUUCAGCAAUUCAGCAUAGAAAAUGUGUUGCUGAAAAUGUCGAAUUUACGUUCAGAUUAAAGAAAACGACCUCUAUUGUAAUGAACACAAAUAAGAAAACUUCUUUUUUUCGCCCCUAUAAAAAUAUUUGAAGACAAAACAAGCUUCAGCAAUGUUAUUUGUUUUUUAAAUUAUGAAAAUUUUCUAAUUAUAAGUUUGAUUUAUUAUACAACAUUAAAAAUAACUUUUUUGAAAUUUUGACUUUAACAAAUUCAAUUUCAAUUUAACAAUAUGAGAAUUUUUUAACAUUGCAAUUGUACACCUUGUACUUAUAAUUCGUAAUGUAUUUUCAAUAUGAAUGCUAUUACAUAUAAUCUGUCGAAUCAACACAGCAACAUUACAAUAAAUUUUUUAAUAUUAGUUUUUAAAUUACAUACAUACAUAUAGGCACACCAAAUUGAACUAAAUGUGGUAGAAUUUCGUUCUAAUUUCUUCAAUUAAAAUCAACUAUCAUAAAAUAGCGUUAAUAUAUAUGCAAAAAGAAGCUAUUAAAUAUAAAGAUGAAUUUCAGGCCAAAUACUAAUGAAAAUUUCUUUUUGUGUUUCAUUAUUUGAAUUUA